CCUGGCUAGCGCGCUUCUCGCUGUUCGUGGGUGACAUGACGGGAUUAUGGGGAAGUCGACAUUAUCUAGGGGCUAGCGUUCCAGGGUAAAUAUGUCGCCUGCCAUGGAUAAAACGCUAGUAGUCCUGCUAGCAAAGAUCUCUGGCGUCUGUCAAACGAAAGUACAUUGCCCCUCCCUCAUAGCUGCAUAUCGGCAGAAAAAGCCACACAAUCCACCGGAAGCUCAGCUGAUUCGACCAGACCGCGACAUUACCAAAGACUCCCACAGAGCAACAAUCAGAAUAGCCGGGCGAGUUUGUCAAACUGCCUCGGAGAUGGCCACAAAAACAGCGUGUAAGGACAAAGACCCACGAUGAUACCCCGGAUUUGGCGAUAG